AUGGAAAAAACACUAUCGAUAUUUUCUAAAGGAACAAUUGUACAACAAGGAAUAUUUGCAAUGAACCAGUUAUCAAGGAAACAAACUAUCCAUGUUACUCAUGAAAUGGCGCCAUCAUUUAGAAUACUCGUUUACUAUGUGAGACGAUAUGGAGAGAUUGUUGCUGAUGCCGUAACAUUUACAGUAAAAGAUAUCUUCAGGAAUAAAGUAACUAUGGAAUUUGACAAGAAAAUCGUUGAACCAGGACAGCCUGUCAACCUAGUAGUCAAAGCUGACCCAGGGUCACUGGUCAAUAUAUUAGCUGUCGACAAAAGUGUAUUGUUACUUGGAAAUGCAAAUGAUAUAACAGCAAACAAUGUACUAACAAAAUUAAAAGGAUUUACAUCUACACCAGUGCCUCUUAUUCGAGAAUGGGAUUCCAUAGGAUCUGUCGUGGACAGUGGAGUUGAUUCAAAAACUGUAUUCUCUAAUAGCGGUGUAUUUAUAACGACAGAUUGCUUGUUAAUAGGACAUAAAGAAUUCGAACCGUCUGUUCAAUACUAUGUAAGCCCAAUUGUGCCACCUGUGUUUUUUUCGCCUGCUGCAUAUGAUCCUGGCAGUGGCAAUGAAAAUGGAAAUGGGGGUCCUAGUGAUGGUUCAAGGGCUGUUUUCGCUCCAAAGGAUGUCAAUAAAUCGCUUGCCUCGCCUUCACGUAAAAGGACCAGAUUUCUAGAAACGUGGUUAUGGUUAAAUACCACCACACAUCGCAAUGGUGUUGCUUCUCUGAAAUCUCUGGUUCCUGAUACCAUCACCCAGUGGAUAGCAACAUCUUUUGUUGUAAAUCCUCAAUCAGGCCUAGGUGUAGCGGCAGAAUCUGCAAACGUUCACGUGAAUCUCAACAUAAAUGUCAACCUAACCUUUGUAGAUGUGAAAGGCAAUAUAGUUGUGCCUACGGGUACAGCAUGGACAAAGAUAGUUUUCGUGCCAAAAGAUACAGUAAAGUCAGUUUAUUUUCCAAUAAUGCCUACAAAAAUAGGAAACACCCUUCUUGAUGCGAGUGUGAGAUCUACAGCAGCCGCUGAUGCAGUGCAGAGGCCACUCUUAGUCAAGCCAGAAGGUAUCAGAGAGAACUACAACAUACCUGUUGUUAUUGACUUGCGCAGAAAAAAGAAAUUUUCAGCAAAGGUUCGCAUAACAUUUCCAGAAUUUGUUAUCCCGGAUUCACAGUUCAUAAAGAUAUCGGUAAUAGGUGAUUUAAUAGGCACAACACUGGCCGGAAUAGACGAUCUGUUACGUAUGUCUUAUGGGUGUGGUGAACAAAACCUAGUUCAAUUUGUACCAAAUGUCUUCAUAUCAGUGUAUUUGAAAGCUACUAACAGGCUGACAAAUGACAUAAAAGACAAAGUUGACAGAUACUUGUCUGCAGGUUACCAACGCCAAUUAUCAUAUGCUCAUGUUGAUGGAUCAUUUAGUGCAUUCGGGAAAAGUGACAGAUACGGAUCUACAUGGUUAACUGCAUUUGUUGUGAAGUCAUUUGCACAAGCGGUGCUUUUAACUUACAUCGACCCGAAUGUAAUGCGCAAAGCUGUUAGUUUUCUGAUAACCAAUCAAAACAAACAAACUGGAGAAUAUAACGAAAAUGGUGUUGUUUAUCAAAAGACCAUGCAGGGAGGUUCAGCAUCAAGUGCCGCCAGUUUAACAUCGUAUGUGGUUAUUGCUUUACAUGAAGCAUUGACACGGAAUCAGAUUCCAAAUGAUACAAUCAAGACAACCCAGGAAUCGAUCAAAGAUGCAGUCACUUUUAUUAUUAGAAUUUUAGAGAACCGUACUUUAAUUGCUAAGAAUAAUCAGUUUGAACUUGUGAUUGCUACGUAUGCUUUAACAUUAGUAGAUGCACCAAUAUCUCGUGCAUUGCUACGACAGAUUGAAAGAUAUUCCUCUAGAGAAGCUGGAACAAAAUUCUGGAAACUAACUGAUGAUGCGGCGAACAAGAUUCAGCCCUACAGACGUUGGACACCACCUAAAACAAAAGUCAGAGCACUUGACAUUGAAAUGACAUCUUAUGUCCUUCUGAUAUACAAUAUUAGGAAAGAUAUUACAAAUGGAGUGCGGGUUGUAAAAUGGUUAAAUAAACAAAAGAAUCCAUUUGGUGGGUUUAUAUCAACACAGGAUACUGUUAUUGCCAUACAAGCAAUCACUGGUUUUGCAGAAAAGGUUUUUGUAAAAGAAUUUAAUGCAGUGUUAACUGUCAAAGGGGAUUCGUGGACUGGUCAUACAUUCACGGUGGAUAACACCAAUUCCUUAGUUUUACAUUCAGUUGAUGCUCCACGCAGCAUACGACAAGUAUAUAUCGACUGUGAAGGAUCUGGAUUUCUGAUGUCUGAGGUAGCUGUGUUUUUCAACGUACAUGAAGAGCUUAGGCAGCCAGCUUUUGAUUUAAGUACAACAAUUCUAAAUGAUUCUAUUCUUGGAUUUAGGUUAAAACUUUGCUUCAGUUGGUUACGGGGUGGUAACAGCACUAUGGGUUAUAUGGAAAUUACUUUACCGACCGGAAUGGAGGCAGAUGUGGAAUCUAUGAAUACUACAAGAACAUAUGGUCUUUAUAAGAAAAGAGAGGCCUCAUCUGAUAAUUUAAAUCUAUACUUUGAUUGGGUCACAACUAAGGAAAUGUGUGUAGAGGUCAACAUUGACAGAGUAAACCUCGUAGCAAAACAGAAACCAGUACCUGCUAGACUAUCAGAAUACUAUGAACAAAGUAAUGAAGUGAUUAGGAUGUACGAGUCAAAAGUUUUGUCUCAAGCAUCUGCAGAAGAUGUCUGUGGACUAGAUCGUUGUCAGUAGAAAGAUUCA